GUCAAGUCUAGUAGAGUAGAUCUAGACUCGAGAUUUAGAGACAAUAUUUGUCAAUUUUGGUUGCGAAUGUAGAUCUAGAUCCAUUUAGAUCUAUUUAGAAUAGUUGUGAAAGACUAAAAUAACUUCAGGAUGUGUGAUCAUCAUCACUUGCGUUCACCCGCAUCUAUGGGAAUAGUUGAUCAUGUGAGCAGUUUAUCUGAGAACUUUGCAGAGCUAGUUGAUACAGAAGCCUAUGCUGAUAUUACCCUGAUUGUUGAUGGUUCAAAGCUUCGUAGUCACAAAGUUAUUUUGGCUGCACGCUCAGACUACUUUAGGGCACUUCUGUAUGGUGGUAUGAAGGAGUCGCAGCCAGGAACAACAGAGAUAGAACUACCAGACACACCUUCAGUAGCUUUCUCAGCUCUACUCAAGUAUAUCUAUACAGGGCGUAUGAACCUUGUUGAGAUCCAGGAAGAGAACCUCUUGGAUAUUUUGAGCCUUUCUCACCGAUUUGGUUUUGUAGAGCUUGAGUCUUCCAUCUCAGAUUAUCUCAAGGCCAUACUCAAUAUCAACAAUGUUUGUCAUAUUUAUGACCUGGCUAAUAUAUACAGCCUGACAUCAUUGUGCAAUGUCUGCAAAGAUUACAUGGAUAAAAAUGCACAAAAAGUGCUUGUCAGUGACAGCUUUCUAUCAUUAUCACAGGCAUCAAUGAGAGAUUUAAUUUCCAGAGAUUCUUUCUUUGCAUCUGAAAUUGACAUUUUCCAAGCGGUGCGUAAAUGGGCUCAUCAUAAUGCAGGACAAGAUCCAACACCAAUCUUAGAAGUUGUCAGACUGCAGUUGAUUAAAAUGUCAGAGUUGUUAAAUAUGGUCCGUGACACUCAUCUUGUCUCCUCUGAUGCUAUCCUGGAUGCCAUUAAAAUUCAAACAGAAUGUAGAGACAUGGAUUUAAAGUAUCGUGGAUUUCUAGUCACUGAAGAAAAUGUGGCUACCAUACGCUUGGGUGCCACAGUCAUCCGCGGUGAAAUGAAGACAGCCUUGUUAGAUGGCGAUACACAAAACUAUGAUUUGGACAGAGGGUUCACCAGGCACCCCAUUGAUUGCAACAAUGGUACUGGCAUCGUCAUCCAACUUGGGCAGCCCUACAUUAUCAAUACAAUCAAACUACUGCUUUGGGACAAAGACAUGAGAUCAUACUCCUAUUAUGUUGAGAUAUCAAUGGAUGAUAAAGAUUAUGAACGUGUUAUUGACCAUACUACUUAUUUAUGUAGAUCCUGGCAGAAACUUCACUUUCCUGCUCGGGUUGUCAGAUUUAUCAAAGUAGUUGGAACACAUAACACAGUGAAUAGAGUUUUUCAUCUGGUCUCAUUUGAAUGUUUCUACACAACCCGCACUUUUCAUUUGGACAGAGGUUUAGUGGUUCCGACUGAAAAUGUAGCUACCAUUAAGAACAGUGCCCUAGUCAUUGAAGGAGUCUCCAGAACCCGCAAUGCACUCAUCAAUGGCAACAUUCGAAGUUACGACUGGGAUUCUGGUUACACCUGCCAUCAGCUUGGUAGUGGCGCCAUCUGCAUUCAAUUAGCUCAGCCCUACAUCUUAUCAAACAUGCGCUUACUGCUGUGGGACUGUGAUGACAGAAGCUAUAGUUUUUACAUUGAGGUUUCAACAGAUCAGCUCAAGUGGACACAAGUUGUAGAUAAAAGACAUGAAGCUUGCAAAUCUUGGCAAGCUGUAACCUUUGAGCCUCUACCAGUCACCUUCAUUCGUAUAGUAGGAACUCACAACACUGCUAAUGAGGUAUUCCACUGUGUUCAUUUUGAAAGCCCCACUGACAGUGCUGUUGGAAAUUUGAUUAACAAUGCAGCUGCAGUUAGUGGCCCGCCAAACAGCCCCAGGCUGCAGCUAGGCCCAUCAUAUCCCAUUUCAGAGAUGGACAGGGGCCCUUCUGUGAGUGGAAGCAGCAGCAGCACCAGUAGCCUCAGCGAGAGCCAUCUCAAUGCUCCGGCCAGCCCUAACUACUACCCAAUGCACCCACAGCAGCAGCCAGCCCACUUUCACCAGCCCUCUGCACCUCAAGGCCUAGCUGACCUGCAGAAUAUGAACUAUGCAGGCCACAUGUUGCAACAGCAGGAUGUGCCAGAAGCUGACAGAAUGGAUGGCUAAACAGAAGUUUAUAGUGUCACAAAAUCAGAAACCUAUAGUAUUAUUGAAAAGUAAAUCUAUUUAUAAACCUUAAUUUAAAAAAUAUAUUGAAAAGUUUGACCAAAAAAUUUAUAUUUUCUUAUAUAAAAAGCAAAUGAAGUGAUAAUCAAUAAUUUUUCUGGUUGUUUCUAUUUAUAGACAGUCAUUUAUUAACUGCUGUAGCAUUUUCUUUAGUCUUAUGUCAGUAUAGUGACUUGGGUUUUCAGAGAUAUUUGGUGUUAGAUUUUUUUAAAAUUAAUAUUACAUCCGCUAUGCUAUUUAUAGGCUAAAAUUUAACAUGUUUUUCUUUGGUGAAAUAUUAAAAAAAAAAUAGAGCUUUAAAACCAUUUAAUAGAUUCCUUAUAUAUUGAAUAGUGGAAUACUGAUUGUUGUUUGUUUACUAACCAAGCUGACCAUGUCAUUACCAAUAUUGAAUAAGGAACAUGUUGUUUUUGUUUAAAAUGAAUGAGCUGUCUCUCCACAAGACAGUAUUUUUUUUUCAUGUGGAAAUGAAGAUGGUUGCCUUUAUCCAAACUAUGAGCGAUAUUGUUAUUUUAAUAUGUAUAUAAAUACAUGUACAUGGAUAUGAUAGCUGCAAAGUUGUCAGUAUGUAAUUACUAAUGGUCAAGGAUAAAGUAUGAUCUUUGUACCAGGCUAGGUGUAUGUUUUUUUUCUUCACUUGGGCAAUGUUGCCAACUUAUUAAGAGGUGGGCAGGCUUGUUGCCAACUGUGAAAUGGUAUAUGUACAGUUAUUGUUGACAACUUCUUUCAAUUUAAUGGAUCAUGCUCCACUAAUUAUUAGCUAUAUAUAUAUAUAUAUAUAUAUCAGCACAUUAAUGUUUUGGCUGUGAGUGCAAAACAGUUUUAUUGAUAUUUGUUUCUCCAUUAGUUAGUACUUCAUUGAAAUUUAUUAAUUUCUUCUUAAAACAGUGUCAAUGGAAUAUUGAAUUUCUAAUUCAAGGUCUACUUAAUUAAAUAUGAUUUU